UCGUUUCUAACUCUGUCGUCGCCUCCUUCAGAGAAAAAGAAAAGAAAAAAAAAUCUUAACAACCUUAAAAAAAAAAAACCCGCAAUUCAAUUUCUGAAUGCAUGAAUCCAAAACCCUAAUCUUCAACAGCAAUAUUUUUUUCGCAACUACCGUUUCGAAUUCCACGGAUUUCCUAAAUUUUCUCCAAUUGGUAUAUCAACCGUCAAUUUUCCCAGUCUCAUUGUUUUUGGAACUCUAAUUCUAUUAAAAACAAUAAAUUUCUGUCAAAUUCAUCGGCCAAAUUAUUGAAUGGAUCACAAAGAAUCGCCUGAACGGGUAAAUUCUUAUCACCUCAUACCUAAUUCAGCGUGGCUUGAAAUCAGACUCUUUUAUGUACGAAUUUCACCCUGCGUGAUCUCCGGCGUGCCCGACCACCUAACUCUUUGCCACGUGCGAAGCCAGAUCGGCGUAUCUCUCGAAAUCAACGGUUCUCGUAUCCCUGCGUCUGAUGUGGCAUCGAUAACCCUACGCCGGGAUCGGCUCAAUAAGGAGUCAUCAGAAGUGACGUACGUGAGCAUGGAUAGCGUGCGUGUGACGGGAAGCAUCGAAUUCGAAGUGUUUCAAGAGAAGGACAUGGUUUUGUGUGGGUCCCUAGAGAGGAUUGAGUCAACGCGGAAUAAUGAACGAGACGCGAUGGCCGGAUGGGGCAUGGAUUGUUACACGGCGAUAGGCACGGGUUCUUCAGCAUUUUUCCAGCCGAAACUUGGGGUUUCGGCGCCGGCUAUUGAGGUUUAUAUUGCUGGUUGCUGUGGGGGUGUACCGAUAAUUUUGACAAAGACAAUACAGGUAAGCCCGAGAAGGAAAGUAUCAAGGCAUGGGGUGCUGGAUUCGAUUCCCGAGGAUGAGGAGAUUGAGAAACAUUUAAAUGGUGCUAAUGGGUUCGUUCGCCACCGAAAGUUGCAGAUUACAGAGGCACAAGUUGAUGACUAUGAGUCAGAUGAGAAAAUCCGAGAGAGUUUGUACUCGGAAGAUAUGUACUAUGGGGAAGAUGGCCAACUGUCAUGGUUUAAUGCUGGUGUUAGAGUUGGAGUUGGAAUUGGGUUAGGCAUGUGCAUCGGAAUUGGACUUGGUGUUGGUCUUCUAAUGCGAUCAUAUCAAGCAGCCACUGGAAAGUUUAGGAGGAGCACUCACAUAACAUCCUCUGCACCAAUGCCUCACCGUAACAACCCUACACCUCUUCCUUUAGUAGUCACUCUUAACUGCAUCGAAGACUGCGACUUAGAACAAGAGUCCCUUGCCGGCGUUGCUUCUGUCGAGCACGUUCCUCUCAGUCGCUUAUCCGAUGGCAAGAUCGAAGCAGCCUCCGUUGUCCUCCUUCAUUCCCUCGCCUACCUACCACGCGCCGCGCAACGCCGGCUCUGUCCCUACCAGCUUAUCCUCUGUCUUGGCUCUUCUGACCGCGCCGUCGACUCCGCUCUCGCCGCCGACCUCGGUCUCAGGCUGGUCCACGUUGACACCACUCGAGCCGAUGAGAUCGCUGAUACUGUGAUGGCUCUCGUACUCGGCUUGCUUCGACGAACGCAUUUGCUUUCUCGCCAUGCGCUCUCGGCUUCGGGAUGGCUAGGCUCGGUGCAGCCGCUAUGUCGAGGAAUGAGGCGGUGUAGAGGACUAGUUUUGGGGAUUGUUGGUAGAUCUUCGUCGGCUCGGGCUUUGGCUUCGAGGAGUUUGGCUUUCAAGAUGAGUGUGCUUUAUUUUGAUGUUCACAAGGGUAAAGGGAAAUUUGCAUUUCCUUCGGCUGCUCGAAGGAUGGAUACUCUUAAUGAUUUACUAGCUGCAAGUGAUGUUAUCUCUCUUCAUUGUGCUGUAACAGAUGAAACAAUUCAGAUUAUCAAUGCAGAAUGUUUGCAGCAUAUAAAGCCUGGGGCAUUUCUUGUGAAUACGGGCAGCAGUCAGCUGCUGGAUGAUUGUGCUGUGAAGCAGCUUUUAAUUGAUGGCACCUUAGCUGGCUGCGCCUUGGAUGGUGCCGAAGGGCCACAAUGGAUGGAAGCAUGGGUUAGGGAGAUGCCAAAUGUAUUGAUACUACCUCGCAGUGCGGAUUACAGUGAAGAAGUAUGGAUGGAGAUUAGGGACAAAGCCAUAUCUAUAUUGCAAACGUUCUUCUUUGAUGGGGUUAUUCCAAACAAUGUCAUUUAUGAUGAGGAUGAGGACGAAAGCAAAAUGGGUGAAGAAGUUGAACAAUUUGAUAAACAAGACAAUGUGAGUGCCCUUCAGGGUUCUGUUUCUGAGCAACUGACAGAUGAUACCCAAGUUACUCCAGAAAGCUCUCAGAAAAAAGGGAUCAAUCUAUCAAAAGAAUCACCUAGCCAGCUGAAAGUUUCAGGUUUGUCUACCUCUAAAUCUGAUGGAAGGCGUAGCAGGUCAGGUAAGAAGGCCAAAAAGAGGCAUGCCCAACAAAAAUCUUUGCAAAAAUCAGAUGAUUCCUCUGCAUUAGUUAAAGAAAGUACUUCACAUAGGGAAGAUGAUACUGCUAUGAGUGGCACAGAUCAAGCCAGUUCUCGGUGUGCUUCCCCUGAAGACUCAAGAAAUAGGAAAACGCCUAUAGAAUUACUGCAAGAGUCAACUUCUGAACAUAAUCUAAAAUCUAGCAAAAAGCUCAGUGGAAAGUCUGUGGAAAUGCUGAAAGAUGGUUACGUCAUAGCUCUAUAUGCAAGAGAUCACCCUGCACUCCACAUCUCCAGGCAGAGACUCAAAGGUGGUGGCUGGUUCCUAGAUACCAUGCCAAAUGUAACAACAAGAGAUCCUGCAGCUCAGUUCCUUGUUGCUUUCAGGAGCAAGGACAUAAUUGGCUUGCGAUCUUUUGUUGCUGGUGGAAAGUUAUUGCAGAUUAAUAGAAGAAUGGAGUUUGUAUUUGCUAGUCACAGUUUUGAUGUUUGGGAGAGUUGGACAAUGGAAGGUUCCCUGGAUGAAUGUAGGCUUGUAAACUGUAGAAAUCCCCUGGCUGUUCUGGAUGUUCGCAUUGUAAUUCUGGCAGCUGUGGGUGAAGAUGAUGGGGUUACUCGUUGGGUUGAUUAGAUUUUGAGUUUGAGGAUUUGACCAAGUCUUAAGUUUUUCUUGCCAAUAUCUUUUCUUCACUCUUCAGAGAUUUGCCCAAAGUUUUUUUGCAAAGCAUUGCUGUCUUUCUUCUCUUACAUUCUUUCUUCCUGUUGCCCUCUUAUGAGCUUGGUUUGAUUUCCUGUGGUGCUUUGUUCCGCCAGAUAACAUUAAGAGUUAAAUGUACAAGAGCUUGUCUAUUUUCUAUCUUUUAAAAGAUAUCAAAGAAUUACCAUUGCAGAUCA